CCAUGGGCGCCGCCAUAUUGGAUCUUUCUAGAAGUGACUGCCGGCGUGAGAAACUCAUGCCUGUAUAAUCCGCUACCAUCCACCACUCAGUCUUCUUCCAAAAUGCCAGCAAAAGGACACAGAGCUCAGGGGCCAAGCCGAUCUGAAUACAAGGACAAAGAUAAGCCAACACAAAUCAGACUAAGCAACUUUAUAGCGGCUAAAGCUGUAGCAGAUGCCAUCAGAACGAGUUUGGGCCCCAGGGGCAUGGACAAAAUGAUCCAGGCUUCCAAUGGGGAUGUGACCAUUACCAACGAUGGGGCUACUAUUCUGAAGGAGAUGCAGGUCCUUCACCCAGCAGCUAAGAUGCUGGUUGAUCUGUCCAAGGCCCAAGAUAUUGAGGCUGGAGAUGGUACUACCUCAGUGGUCGUCUUGGCAGGGAGCAUGUUGGAUGCCUGCUCAAAGCUGCUUGAGAAAGGUAUUCACCCGACAACAAUCUCUGAGGCGUUUCAAGGAGCUGCAGGAAAAGCUGUAGAAAUUCUUGAGGGCAUGGUGACGCCCCUUGAGCUGUCAGACAGGGAGUCACUUCUCAAGAGUGCCUCUACCUCGCUCAACUCCAAGGUUGUAUCGCAAUAUUCCAACAUCCUGUCACCAAUCGCUGUUGAUACUGUUCUAAAUGUCAUCGACCCCGCCACAGCAGAUAAUGUUGAUCUGAAGGACAUCAGGAUCAUCAAGAAACUCGGGGGCACAGUGGACGACGCUGAGCUCAUCAACGGCCUUGUAUUCACACAGAAGGCCUCUGGUGGUGGACCUACUAAAAUAGAGAAAGCCAAGAUUGGUCUGAUCCAGUUCUGCAUUUCCCCACCUAAAACAGAUAUGGAGAACCAGGUGAUCGUGUCAGACUACAGCCAGAUGGACCGGGUGUUGAAGGAGGAGAGGAACUACAUCCUCAACAUUGUCAAGCAGGUCAAGAAAGCCGGCUGUAACCUCCUGCUUAUACAGAAGUCUAUUCUCAGGGAUGCUGUGAGUGACCUUGCCCUUCAUUUCCUGGCAAAAAUGAAAAUCAUGGUGAUCAAGGACAUUGAGAGAGAGGAAGUAGAGUUUGUCAGCAAGACACUCAACUGCCGCCCUAUAGCCAGCCUGGACCACUUCACUGCAGAGAACCUCGGUAGUGCCGAGUUGGCGGAGGAGGUCUCAACAGGCAGCGAUAAAGUUGUCAAGAUCACUGGUAUAGUGAACCAGGGCAAGACCAUCAGUGUCCUAUUGAGGGGAUCCAACAAAUUGGUGCUGGAGGAGGCUGACCGGUCCCUCCAUGAUGCCCUAUGUGUCAUCAGGUGUCUUGUCAAGAAGAGGGCUCUGAUUGCUGGCGGUGGUGCCCCCGAGACAGAGUUGGCUCUACGUCUGAUGGAGUACGCCAACACUCUGUCAGGCAUGGAGCAGUACUGUUACCGAGCAUUUGCUGAGUCACUAGAGAUUGUCCCCUUCACACUAGCAGAGAAUGCCGGGCUCAACCCAAUCGCCACAGUGACAGAACUCCGAAACAAACAUGCACAGGGAGAGAUGACGGCGGGAAUCAAUGUCAGAAAGGGAGCUAUAACCAACAUCCUGGAGGAAAACGUGGUGCAGCCCCUUCUUGUGUCAACAAGUGCUAUUUCCCUCGCAGCAGAAACAGUCAGAAGUAUAUUGAAAAUAGACGAUAUUGUGAACUGUCAGAAGUGAGACUACUUUCUGUGGACUUCCUGUCAUCAUCUAGUGCUGCUUUAUCUCGCGCGUCUGCAUGUGUUGCCCGACUUCUGUGACUUGGUCACGAUGGACACUAUCUAUUUGGGUGCUUUGGUCAUGGCUCACCUUAUUCAGCCCAGAAAGAACAAUCUACCAUGGCUCAAACCUUGCAAGAGGACGGGGCGACAUUAACAUUAUUUAAUGUGAUAUCCUUUCAUUUCUUUUUGUAUUGUGUGCAGAGCACAUGCUGGAAUAAAUGUUUCAGUAUAA